AUGCCGAUCUACCAAGCCACUGCGUCUGCCCCCGUGAAUAUCGCCUGCAUCAAGUAUUGGGGCAAGCGCGACACCAAGCUGAUCCUGCCUACCAACUCUUCGCUCUCGGUUACUCUUGAUCAAGAUCACCUGCGGUCAACGACGACAUCACGAGCGGACCCAUCCUUUGAGAAGGACAGGCUGUGGCUCAACGGCGUCGAGGAGGAGAUCAAGGAUGGUGGCCGAUUGGCGACGUGUAUCAGUGAGAUGAAGCGUAUGCGCAGAGAGGUAGAAAGGCAGGACCCUAGCCUACCGAAGCUCUCAUCGUAUGGCGUCCACAUUUGCUCUCGCAACAACUUCCCAACGGCAGCAGGGCUGGCUUCUUCCGCCUCUGGCUUCGCUGCACUCGUUUCUUCCCUCGCCGCGCUCUAUUCCCUCCCUGCAUCCCCAUCUGAGCUGUCGCUCAUUGCGCGUCAAGGAUCCGGGUCUGCCUGCCGAUCGCUCUUUGGCGGGUUCGUUGCGUGGGAGAUGGGCUCCAAGCCCGACGGGUCCGACUCACUUGCCGUCGAAGUGGCCCCCCGCGAGCACUGGCCCGAUAUCCACGCGCUGAUCUGCGUGGUGUCGGAUGACAAGAAGGGCACAUCGUCGACGUCGGGCAUGCAGCGCACGGUCGAGACGUCGACGCUGCUGGAGCACCGCAUCAGGCAUGUCGUGCCUGCGAGGAUGAAGGCGAUCUCGGAGGCGAUCCGUGCGCGCGACUUUGACGCUUUCGCGAGAAUCACGAUGCAGGACUCGAACCAGUUCCACGCUGUCGCGCUUGACACGGACCCGCCGAUCUUCUACAUGAACGACGUGUCUCGCGCGAUCAUCGCGAUCAUCGUGGAAUACAACCGUGUCUCCGUCGCGAACGGCGGCAAGCUCAAGGCCGCGUACACGUUCGAUGCGGGGCCGAACGCAGUCAUCUACGCACCGAAGGAGAACCUGAAGGAGAUCAUUGAGUUGAUCGUGCAUUACUUCCCACAAGCGGAGCCAUUCAAGGAUCCCUUUGGACUGUUCGGCACUGUUGGAGUGAAGGACGCCAUCAUCGAUGGUUUCAACGCCGCGGUCGCCAAGCCGUUCGGCGUUGGUGCGGUGAAGGGUCUCAUCCACACGAGGGUUGGUGAUGGGCCCCGAGUGCUGAGUGAGGAGGAGGCUUUGCUGGGUGCGAAUGGAUUGCCGAAGUGA